UGUAAAACUUUUAUUUUAUAUUACCAUGGCAACAGAACAAUAUGAAGCUCCUCCUCGUUUGCCUGCUCCUCCCAGCUGCUCUUGCCGCUCCUUCAGAUACCAAAAGGCUACUUUUCGGCAAUUUCCAGAUUCAAAACCCGUUUGAUGUUGAAAUGCUAAAAUGUGACGUGCAAAUUAUGCUUGAUACACUUGGCACUGAUCCAACAGAACAAGCAUGCGAGAGCGAGUGUCACAAACUGUUAGCAGAAGGCAAUGUGAUGCACUUUGGAUGUCCCCUCGUUUGUCAUGGAUUCCAGAAUCUAGCUCUAUAUUUCCACGAGACACCUAAACCCGGGGAGCAGCAUGCACACUGUGGAGGACUUUCACUUUCAACCACAGUUUCUUCGUAAAGCAAAAAAUACAGAUUAUUUGAUUCAAUAAUCAAUAGAUUGUUUUUCCCAUUA